CAGCUGAACCAGCAUCGGCCAGCGGUUGAUUUUAUAAUACAGUUACUACUUAAUACUUAUUACGCUCACUGCUGACGCUCGCGCCACAUACCAUUUAGUGGCAUUUACCUGAAAUGUUGGUCGUGGGCGCCGCGUGUUCGUUUGGUUGAGUGCGAUUUCACUUCGUCGCAAAUCAUCAGCGUCCGUUGUUCGUCCGUUUUUAUGGGAAUAGUUUAGCCGCACGUAACCGGAUAUUGAAAUUCGUCCUCGCUUAUUACUAUUAUUAUUAUUAUUUUUAAUCGUUUUUCGUCCAAUCGUUAAAAACAUAUUUAGCCGUUAUCAAUUUAUCAUCCGCGCGGUGUGGAUUUUAAUGCGUGAUAGCGGUGAACAAUAAUAAUAAAAAAGCAACACAUUUUCGGGCGGGUCUGCGAGGCGCGAGUGCAUCCUGUGAUAAGAGAUAAAGCGGUGUGAGUCUCAAUCGCGGCCGGUUGUUGUUUCGUAACGUUAUUGUUUAGGUUCCUAGUGACCAGUGUUAAUUAUAGAAAUAAUGCAAUAUAUUUUUUCACCGUUUUUAGUACUUUUCUUUCCGUUUACACGCUGCUGUUGAACGGAUGUUCGUUGUAUAACAGUUACCGAAAUUGUAUUUAUCUGGCCACUUGUAUCUAGUUUAGUUAAACCGGUUUGAAUGUGCGCUCAUCGAAUUUAUUUUUUCAAAAGACCCAAGUGAAGUGAAUCCAACAACGACGACGAAUUCACCAAUAACCUCGUUGCCGAAUCGUCCUCGCCAUACAACUAUUGGUAAUGGACGCGUGAUCUAUACGACUGUGUGCUCAGACAUAUACCCACGAGAUAAUGUCCACGACGCCGUUCGUGGUCAAGCACGAUGGGAAGAAGCACAAUAUUGAACAUUUUUUGCGCUUCCACCCGGGUGGCACCAACACAUUGUCAUUGCUGAAGAACGCCGAUGUCACCGAUCGGCUGUUGGCUACUCACCACUCUGCUGCUGCAUACGAGUUGCUCAAGGAUUAUAGAGUAGACGAGGAAGAUGUACACAAGCAUAUUCGAGAAGAUGGAGAUCUAGAAAGUCUUGUAGAUUGGAAUCGACCCAUGUUUUGGCAAGUUGGAUCGUUAGGUCCAAAGUAUAAAGAAUGGGUAUUAGCUCCUGUUGAUCGAAAACUGAGAUUGUUCGGCUCCGACUUCGUUGAAUCGCUAACAAUUACUUCAUGGUAUAUGGUGCCAUCAAUUUGGAUACCUGUGAUGUUUUACCUGAUAUUCAUCGGUUACCAGAGGUUAAGAAGUUCUCUAGCCAGCACAACAGAUCAAACAAUUAAUUCAGAUAAUUUUUCAAUAGGAACGUUGGUCAUAAGUUCAACUAUUUUGGGAUUACUCUUAUGGCCUCUCAUUGAGUACACCAUUCACCGUUGGUUGUUUCAUCUGCAGCCUCCAGAUAACUCACCAUUACUUAUCACAUUGCAUUUUGGCAUUCAUGGACUACAUCACAAGGUGCCAUUCGACGACCGACGGUUAUUGUUUCCGCCGGGACCGGCCGCAGUACUCAUAUCGGCUGCUUACGCUAUAUAUCUGAUGUUGUUUCCUCAUUGGAUGGCUCCGCUGGUAUUGGCCGGUAUGAUUGCGGGCUAUGUAACUUAUGAUUUAAUACAUUUCUACUUACACUACGGAUGUCCCAAGGAAGGCUCGUACCUGUACACAAUGAAAAGAUACCACAACCAACAUCAUUUCGCACACCACGAAAGCGGUUUCGGUAUCAGCAGCCAAUUUUGGGACCACAUAUUCGGCACAGCAAUUGCACUGAAAAAGCUUAGCCGAUGUUUAAAAUGGUACUAACCUGCUACCUGUAAACUCGUGCCUUAUAAACUAUAAUAUAAUAUAUAUAAAAAAAAAAGAGAGAAAUUAAAUUAUAAUAUACUUAUAUAUA